AUGGGGCCGGGGCGCGGGGCGGCGGCGGGCCGGGGGCCGCUGGGGGCCCUGGCGCUGCUCUGGGCGGCGGCGGUGCUGUGCCAGCUGGGCAGCGGCAGCGUCCUCCGCCGCCGCCUCCACGCCGCCGGGUUCCUCCAGCGGCGGCUGAGCGGCGGCGAGCGGCGGGACGUGCAGCGGGAGAUCCUGGCCGUGCUGGGGCUGCCCGGCCGGCCCCGGCCGCGGACCCCCGCCGCCGCCCGCGCCCCCGCCGCCGCCGCGCCGCUCUUCAUGCUCGACCUCUACCACGCCGUGGCCGGCGAGGAGGAAGCGGAGGAGGAGGAGGAGGAGGCGGCGGUGUCGCGGCCGGUGCUGACCGGGCUCAGCACCCAGAGCCCCCCGCCCGGUAGCGUCGUCAGCCGCGCCGACACCGUCGUUAGCCUCGUCAACAUGGUCGAGCAGGACCGGGACAUGUUCUCGCCGAAGCCGUACUGGAAGGAGUUCAGAUUCGACCUGACCCAGGUGCCCACGGGCGAGUCGGUGACGGCCGCCGAGUUUCGCAUCUACAAGGCGCGGGGUGUCACCCGCCAUGCCAACGACACCCUCCACGUCAGCAUCUACGAGAUCGCCGCCGAGCACUCCAACAGGGAGUCUGACCUGUUCCUGCUGGAUGUCCAGGACUUGCGUGCCGGGACCGAGGGCUGGCUGGUGUUUGACGUCACGGCUGCCAGCAACCACUGGUUAGUGGAUCGGAAAUACAACCUGGGGUUGCGACUCUAUGUGGAGACGGAUGAUGGGCACAGCGUCGACCCAGGCUCGGCGGGGCUGCUGGGGCGCCGGGGGCCCCGCUCCAAGCAGCCCUUCAUGGUGACGUUUUUCCGGGCGAGCCCCAGCCCCGCGCGGGUUACACGGGCGGCCAAGCCCCCGAGGAGGCGGCAGCCCAAGAAAACGAACGACCUCCCGCAUCCAAACAAGCUGCCGGGAAUUUUUGACGAUGUCCAUGCCACGGACGGGCGGCAGGUCUGCCGGCGCCACGAGCUCUACGUCAGCUUUCAGGACCUCGGCUGGCUGGACUGGGUGAUCGCCCCGCAGGGGUACUCAGCCUACUACUGUGAGGGGGAGUGCGCCUUCCCCCUGGACUCCUGCAUGAACGCCACCAACCACGCCAUCCUGCAGUCCCUGGUCCACCUUAUGAAGCCCGAGGCUGUGCCCAAGGCAUGCUGUGCCCCCACGAAGCUCAGCGCCACCUCCGUCCUCUACUAUGACAGCAACAACAACGUCAUCCUCAAGAAGCACCGCAACAUGGUGGUGAAAUCAUGCGGCUGCCACUGACGGAGGGUGCCGUCCCCAUCCCCGAACAUCCCACCCCAUUCCCGCCAGAGCAACGUGACACUGGCUUUCUGCUACGUGUGUGGAAGAGGAGUUUCAUGAGCUGCAUCGUAGCAAAGUCCAUUUAUAAUAACAAAUAAUAAAAGUAAAUCCCUCCCACCCCUUCCUAGAAGUGGAUGUAAAUAAUAUAAAACUUUUAUUCUCUUACUACACUUAAUGACACAUAUGCCAAUAUAUACAUAUAUAUAUAUAUACACAGGAAAGAGAGGAUUUGUGGCUGGUUACGUGUCUGUUUUGUGCGUGGCUGUGCUUUCCCCUGGCGCUGCUGGCUCACAGGCUGCUGCAGUCUCUGGUGUUCGCAGAGGCGGUUUGGGCUGAAGGGUAAUUAGCACAAGGGAGGUGGCAUCCGAGUUGCUCCGGGAUUGAGCUGUUUCUAGCCAUGUAUAACUCACUCCCCUCUAACCAGGGCUUUCAAUUCCCUUAAUGAAAACACCAUCAGCCAAUUAAGCAGCUGGCUGAAUAACCCACUCCCGUCUACUUAAAGUUCACAAAACUCAGCCAGUUGGGGAAAAAAAAAAAUAUCCAUAUUGAGCUACAACGCUGUUA